GAUAGAGUAAGAUAUUCUUGAGGGGAAAAUCGACAGGAUCAACGCGAUGGCAGCUGUAUUACCGGACAACACACCGUCAAGCAAAGGUCUAGACGACGGUAGCGGCGAGACGGAAGCCAGAACGCGUGAACGCCGCCAUUUCUGGUCCACAAUUGGGCUAUGUGGGAGCGCCUUCAGUAUGUUCUACCUGAUCAUGAACGUGUUUCCGUACUCUGGAUUCAUGGCCCUGCACCUGCUGAACGGGAACCGCGACGAUCUAGACGACGACAACGACUAUCCCCAUCGCUACAGUGCGGCCACCAUCGGUCCCUGCGCUGGGAUCCUCGUCAGCUCAUUCCGUCUCGGUCGCGUCCCAACGGCGAUUGCUUGGGGACGGUGCGCCGACGUCUAUGGAAGGAAAUUCGCCCUGGUGGUGGGCCUCCUGGCGAUGGUCCUCGGGAACCUGCUCUUUGGCCUUGCGCCCAGCUUUGCUGCGGCGGUGGCGAUCCGCUUUGCGAGUGGCCUCCUCAACGGGACGAUGGUCGUGGUGCGCACGGCAAUCUCCGAGAUCGCGGAAGGAGACGAGGCGCUCGAAUCGAGGGGCGUGGCGAUMAUGUCGUCCAUGUCCGGCUACGCGKUGUUGGUCGGCCCGGCGAUCGGGGGCCUGCUGUCGGAACCCACCCUCCACCACCCGGGGUGGUUCGGUGGUGCCGGUAGCCGCACAGAGCUUUGGUUUGCGAGGAAUCUCUUGGAAGACUAUCCAUUCUUGCUGCCAAAUCUGGUGGGAUCGUUUGUGGCCUUGUUGAGCCUCGCGAUCGUGGCAACCUGUGUCGAAGAAACCCUUCCGGAGGACCAGCUAAGAGACUGGCGAUGCGUUCCGAUGGACACAGUGCAAUGGAUCGAACAGAAUUUUUGCUUCGUGCGACAAAAGAUGGGAUGCUGUAGGCCAAAGAACAGGAUUGGCAUCAGCGUUGCGACAGAGCAACACCCCUUUUCGAACAAUCCGUUGGGAAUGGGAUUGGUGCUCUCGAGAUCCGACGAAGCAACUACAGGUGCUUUGUCGGCAAAAACAAUUUCAAUCAACGAGAGCACGCCACUGGUGCAACCACCGGCUUUGCGUUCCUCGGAAUUGCCUGCCUUGCAUCUGGAAAGCACAAACGAAGAAAAGGAUGAUAAUACAGUACUAGUGACAGAUGAAACCAACGGAGGAAUUCUAGGAUUCUUUCUGAAUAAUACUACGUCCACCGUGCGGUAUUUCUUCUACAGCAUGUGGCUCUACGCCUUCACGAGCCUCGCCUCAUCGGAAACCUUCCCUUUAUUUGCGAUCACCUCGAAAGAAAAGGGGGGACUGGGCAUGAACGAGACCGACAUUGGGAUCGUGCAAACGAUUGCAGGGAGCAUCUUUGUAGUGGGUCAGUAUCCGGUCUUCACCUUUAUCAAGAAACGAUUGGGAGUCAUGGGGGCCCUGAGAGCUGGAGCCUUGUAUUCGAAUGUUCUUCUCCUAUUCAUCCCCAUAGCCCUAUACUUUUCUCCGACAACCAGACACAACUGGUACCAACUGGGAUACCUAGGGUUGGUUUCCGGUGCUGCGGGGAUUUUCGGGAGCAUUUUUAUGGGAUGCGCGACUAUUGGAGUGAACGGCUGCAUCGAACAGCCGAGCCAGCGCGCCUCCGUCAACGGGUUGCAGUCCAUGGUGGCCUCUGUCGGGCGCGGACUCGGCCCGAUCGCCGCCGGAUACCUGGUGGCGUGGGUGAUGGCCUCGGAGGCGAUUUCCUCGACGGCGAGCGCUUGGGUCCUCUACGUCGUGUUGGUACUCAUGGGAAUGGUCACGUACGCAUCCACGGGGAGCAUACCCGUCGGCGGCGACGAUAAACGAUAAUAUCAACAACAAUAAUGAGGUUAAAGGAUACGAUAUACUAGGUAUGAGAAGUACGAAAUCAACAACCGAGGUGCCGUCAGUUGCGUGCUCCUCGUAUCCUGUAAUAUUAUUCGAGUAUUGUUCUGAUGUAUGAAUAGGAUGCAAAUAAUUACACACGCACAAG